CGAGACCAUGGAGAGGCUUGGGUGCGGGUCUUCUUCGGAGCUUCUGCUGCCCAGCUCGGUGAAGGGGCUCAAGAACUUGCUCUCUAUUGCUGCUCAUAAGAAGCUUUAUUUUCCUGACCGGCUUCACAAGGACUUCCUCGAGGUGAUGUUCACCAACAGGAAGGAGAGAGAAGAACUCCUUGAAGGUUUAGUCAUUGACACCAAGGACACAACAAUCCCCAAAUUCCCCCAGAGAAUACAUCUGUUGUGGGGUGAAAAUGAUCAGAUAUUCCAGCAGGAGCUUGCCCACAACAUGAAAGAGCAACUAGGAGAAAAUGCAACAUUUGAAGGCAUAAAGAAGGCAGGUCACUUGGUCCACUUGGAAAGACCUUGUGUUUACAAUAGAUGUCUCAAGCGAUUCCUUGCUUCCCUCCCCAAUGAAGAUGGAGCUCAGAAAUAAAACACAAUCAUUCUAUGUAUUUGUGUUCUUCUUCCUAUAUAUUGCUUCAAGUAUAAUUACGAAAAAUUGUCUUAUUGUUUAGUACUGUUAGGUGGUUAAAACCACGAUGUUUGCUCCGAGAAUUUUAAUGAAUUUUCUUAUGUUCCGAGAA